AUGGAUGCGUGCGAUGAUAUUGAUAGAGACAUGGAAGAGGAACCAGAAAGCAGGUUCAAGGAGCCACCGCCUGCGGCAACAAGGCCAGCCCCCCGCGCGCGGCGGCAGACACCUCCUGUGGAUGAUGGCUGGGGAGGUCAGUCCUUGGGUGACGCUCUGGCCCCCAAGCAGGCAACACCAUCUGGGGGAUCAACGACUACAGGUGCCAGCGGGAGCAGCAGCAGUAGUGUUCGCAGCGGAGGGCAAAAGUCAACCCCCUCCGGUGUGGGCGGUGCGGAUCCCGGCAAAUCCCCAGAGUGGAUCAUGAAUUGGGUACGGUCUCUACCAGAGUCACACGUCCCAGAGAAAACUCGAGAGCAUUUAGCAGACCUCAUUGCUGAGGGUCAGAUGGAUGGACGAUCUUUCUCAGACUACGCUGCUGAAUUGCAUUCAAGUCUGACAGUCAUUGCUUUUCUUCCCUAG